AUGGGUGUGAGAGGUUUGCAUGGGUUUGUGGCAAGUAGCUGCCCACAUGUAUGUACGGUAGUAAAUUUCAAGGAACUGGCGGAACGCCACCGAAGCCAGCACCCCGGAGGGACCCCUACUGUCGUGGUCGAUGCCAUGUGCUGCCUCAGGUACUGGUACACACCGGAGUCUUGGAUCUGCGGUGGACAGUGGAGGGAAUACUAUUCUUCUUUGCGAGAAUUCGUGAGAACUUUUACCGCUGUUGGCAUCAAGCUGAUCUUCUUCUUUGAUGGCAUGGUGGAGCAGUCCAAGAGAGACGAGUGGGUGAAACGCAGACUCAAAAACAAUAGGGAGAUAGCCAAGAUCUUCCACUACAUCAAGUCCCACAGGGAGCAGCCGGGCAGAAACAUGUUCUUCAUCCCCUCGGGGCUGGCCAUAUUUACGCGGUUUGCUUUGAAGGCCCUGGGUCAGGAAACUCUGUGCUCGUUACAGGAGGCCGACUACGAGGUGGCCUCCUAUGGUUUCCAGAACAACUGUCUUGGGAUUCUUGGAGAAGACACUGACUACUUAAUCUAUGACACCUGUCCCUACUUCUCCAUCAGUGAGCUCUCCCUGGACAGCCUGGACACCGUCAUGCUCUGCCGGGAGAAGCUCUGUCAGAGCCUCGGGCUCAGCCUGGCCGACUUGCCCCUGUUGGCCUGCCUGCUUGGCAAUGACGUCGUCCCCGAAGGCAUGUUCGAGGGCUUUCGGUACAAGUGUUUGACGUCCUAUACCUCUGUGAAAGAGAACUGUGACAGAAGAGCUAACAUUAUCUUAGCUGUAGCAGACCACAUAUCUAAGGUCCUUCGGUUGCAUCAGGGUGAGAAAAAGCUGGAAGAGAUGCUACCUUUGGGACCAAACAAAGCUCUUUUUUAUAAAGGAGUAGCAUCAUAUCUUUUGCCAGGACAGAAAUCUCCAUGGUUUAUCCAAAAACCUAAAGAUGUAGUAACUUUGGACAAGCAGGUACUGUCCAUAAGUUCAGAUCCUGAAUCUAAGCAGGAAGUUCCCAUGCGUAUGGACCCUGAAUCCAAGCAGAAAUUACCUGUAGAUACAGACCCUGAAUUUAACCUAGAAGCACCCAUGUGUACAAACACUGAAGUUAAACAAGAAGACCCUGUAAAUACGGGGCCUGAAGCCAAGCAUCAAGUAACUAUGGUUUCAGAUCCUGAAAUCUUAAAGGUCGCCAGAGCACAGCACGUCCAGGCGGAGAGCUACCUGGUGUACGGUGUGAUGAGCAGCGGUGAGGUGGAGUGCAGCAACAGCCUGGAGGACGCCACGGACCAGGCCCUGCCCAGCCAGGCCUUUGUCUACCGGCCCGUGCGGCAGCGCGUCUACUCCCUCCUGCUGGGGGGCGGCGCAGGUGGUUUCAGCACGGGCCCCGCUGUCAAGGAGUGGUUUGUGUACUCCGGGAACCCACUGAGGCAGCCGGACCUCGUCAGGCCUCUGCAGAUGAACAUUCCAGGGGGAACACCUAAUUUGAGACAACUGUGGCUGAGCCAAGAGCCAGGAAUCCAGGCCCAGCGCUUGGACACACUCCUGGCCUGCUUUGACCUUUCAUCCUCGCGAGAAGAACUGCAGGCAGUUGAGAGCCCCUUUCAAGCACUGUGCUGCCUCCUGGUCUACCUAUUUGUGCAGGUGGACACUCUCUGUCUGGAGGAUUUGCAUGCCUUCAUUGCGCAGGCCCUGUGCCUCCAAGGAAAGCCCACCGUGGAGCUUGCAGACUUGCAGCUUGACCACAUUGACCCCAGAGCUGUGCAGCUGGCCACCCUCCUGGUGCGUGGUCUCACCACCUUGGUGUUGGUCAACGGUGCUUGUGGCUCCCCCUGGGAGAUGGCCGACUUCAUGCCCUGGCACCUGUUCGAUGGGAAGCUGUUUCAUCAGAAGUACCUGCAGUCCGAGAAAGGGUACACCGCGGAGGUGCUCGUGGAGCAGAACAGGUGUCACGUCACCAGAUUCCACACCCUGAAGUCAGUUGUGUGCAAAGCCUGUGGGAAGGAGAGCAGACCGAUCGUCAGCAGGCGGCACUGGCGUCCACACCACACAGGACGGUGGGGCCGACCGGGAUCCAGCUCCCACGGGACAAGCUCCGGGUGCAGCCGGGCUGGCCACAGACAGCACUGGAGGGACCAGGGGCCAGGAAGUAGACAGUAUGAGCCUGACCAGUGGAGAAGAUAUUAG